GCUCAGCGCAUGCCAAAGUCUCUAAAGGAGGUUGAAUGACGCAGUUACUUAGCUUCUGAAUUUCGACUUCCUCCAGUUUUUGUAGACUUCAGUCUGCAAACACGAUGCCUGUUCCUCCUCUGUGCUCGGCGCCUAAAUCAGCUCUUUUUUGUCCAGGUAGAGAAACGCCUUCGGCUGAAACUGCGUGCGACGAGACAGAAACCGGUCCAGCGAGCACAGUGACAGGCAGCUCGCUUGAAGGAAAAAACCCCACUGUGGCUUCGUUUCCAGUUCUGUUACUCCCCUCAAGCAUAUCAGAAAGGACUUCACAUUCCCCACUUGCAUCCACUCUGUGCCUUUUUCCAGAGCAUUGCAGAGUCGCAAAAACCCCGGAGGAUCGAGACGGCGUCAGAGAACAGAAGAUGGCGCAAAAUAUUAAGGACUACAGAACUGCGGAAGACCUUGUCGGUAACUGUAGCACCCUAGAAGCUACAAUACCUCCGAUUCUGAAUGCGAAAACGGGAGAUUCGUCCAGCAUGAACUUCUCAUCAGCUUCUAGUCUCACACAACAGAGGCGAACUUACGUGUCUCCCGAAUCGGGAGAUGCAGCCGGAGUAUCGCCUAGGGUACACAACGGGACACUAACUGAUGUCCGUGCACGGAGUGGUGCGGUUGAGCAACAUGCCGUGGCAGAGUCUUCCCAUACGGCUACAGAUACGCGGAACCUUUUGUUCGGCCCCUUAAAUUCCCAAGACUGUAGUUCUAUUGCUGCUGCAGAUGAAGUGAAAGGAUCACGGCCACCUUUAUCAACAAUCUCUCCGAAUAAUUCUGACAUAUCUAACACAACAGGGUCUCUUGCCGCGUCCACAAAGCGUCUGCAGCUGCAGCUACUUCUGUCCGUGCCAACCUCGUCUGCAGAUGAAAGCAUACCUUCAGGAUCUGCCUCAUUACAUCCCAUUGGAGAAGGACCCUCGUUGGCUUUUUCUGGGAGUUGCAUUGCUGAGCCGCGGAUCCUCCAGCAGCGCCUCAGAGUUUCACCUAUGGAGCAACCAAGAGAUUCCUUCGCGAAUUCGGUGUCGAUUCAUUCGACCGUUUCAGUGAAAAGACAGGCAGACACAUCACGAGACCACCACUCAACUGAAGGACAGCAGCAACAAAAGCCGAGACCUGGUCUUUUGGGAGGCCGACCUCCAGCUGUAGCCGGGUCAUCCCAUCAGCUUUCCAGGGAAGAAAACUCCAAAAUGGAGACACAGCCGCUGCAUCCCGAACACUUUCAGCCGGGACAAAAGACAACGCUCCAUCUGUGUGAGGGCUCGAAGUCAACAACUGCAGGCGAUAUGCACGCCGCUCCCACGAAGGCCGCAGAAACUCCACUGGCAGCUGCCGCAUCUUCUGAAUGGUCAUCUUCUAUGCUCGCCACGCCUGACUUAAAUCGGCUACCGUUGAAUUCAGUUCUGGCCCGAGCGGAUGGUGUCUCCUUGUCCAUUGUGCCGUCGCGAGUCGAACAAGCGAGUGCAUGUGUGUCCAACGCAGAGCGAGACCAAUCUAUUGGAACACGGGCGCCUGCUGGAGGCAAACUGCAACCACGGAGUUCAGGCGCUGGCCCAACCCAUACAGCGAACUCUUUUCAUUUUCGCGGAGUGAGUCCCUCACCUGCUUCUGUGGAGCACAGCCCUUGUGUGUUCCACGAGGGAGCAGACCAACACCGAACGCAACGGUCGAAGGUAGACCGCGUCAGGGAUCUGCGCUUUGCUGCGGUCGGACCGAAUACAGCCGCCGAUCACAACCAGGCAGCAACGGACCAACUUCAUUUGUCCGCGCUUUCUGAAUCAAACAGCUGGGAUCUAUCCAGCCUGCAGCUGCGCUGCUUACUAGCUUCCUCUCUGCGCAAGAUUUUUAAACUGCUUAUCAAACGCGUUCGGAGAAAUCAGAGGCGGGCUCUGGACGAAGCGUCUGCUGUUACCCGCACCGCAGACUCAAGCUGCAUUCAUGUCCCGAAAACUGGGCGCAUCGGUUCGACUUCCGGCAACUCGAAUGACGUAGAACUGCAACACGGCAUGGAUAUAACAGCGACUCUGCCGCAACCAGAAACUGAAAAAAGCCAUGAAAGAAACGCGAAUGAGCAGGUGCAAACUCGUCAUGACUCAGCAAACUGUUCAGAGACAACAGAGGACAUUUUAACCACCUCUGAUGGUCUUCCUCUCUCUGGCAAUUUGGCCUUUCAUUCUCACCAGAAGAGGGGCCAGGAAGAUCUGACAACAUCAGGCAAACAAGACAGGACAGACUCCGCUAGAGAAGCCUCUCCAUCGUGGACAGGCACAUAUUCCCCAAGUGCAUGUGAAAAUGCGUCCUCACGGGCGUCUCUCAUGCCUGUUGAAGCCCCGAAUCCGGGUUCGCCCGCUGGUGACAUUUCAUCUCAGCUGGAAACCGCCUCGUCCCAAUCAGAUGACCAACCGCAGCCAGCCGAGCCUGCACCCCCGCAGAAUCCCACACGGCCUUUCCUCCUGCCUUCUUUCGACAAACAGACUGAAGAGAAAGACGAGAGACUGCGAUCAUCUGCUUUCAGCUCUUCCGUAUCGGCUUCGGUCUGCGAAGAGACAACGACAGAAGUGGCUCGCGAAACUAGAGGAGGUCAUCGGCUGCCCAAAGGAAAGAGGAACUGCACGUUUUCGAGUUCGUUCUCUUUGGGGGCAGCUUGGAAGGUCGUGCCUGUGGGGAUGAUGUGGGCAAAAGAAGCGGUUCUGCCGCUAGGCCGACUGAGACAGUGAUUAAUCAAGGUGGGACGCGUAGUCAGUCUGACGGUAAGCAGAACAGUCACUUUGAGAAACAACAAAAUGCUGCAAAAGCACAACUUCAUCCGUCUCCUAACGUCAUCCAGUUUCAAGACGCGUCACGGUGCCCUGAUGGGGAUAAAUUAAAAAUCCAAGGAGGAACUCAUGCACAGAAUAGAGACACGACAAUCAAUGGAGAAGCUCAGACGGCGCCUUCCCACGACUACACACCGGACCGAGAAGACGGAAAGCUCAUGGU